UUCUUUUGCUUUUUUCCUUGUGAGAAAACUACACCUUCCCUUUAAGGACCUUCCAGACAAAGAAAUUAAAAAAAAUAAAAAUAAAAAAGAAUUUGAAAGGUAGAAGAAGAAAAAACAUUUUCCAAGGAACAAAACAAAUGGAGGAAAGGAAAGUUGGCAAGAAGUCAUUUAUGACUGAAAAUGAUGAAAUGUCAGUUUGUGUUACAGAAGAAAACAGUAUGAAUUUUGGUAUUUUAUUCACUUGAUUUCAUGCUUCAACCCUUAUCAUCACCAACUAACAAAAGCUGACACCUUGGAAAAAAAAUGGUUUCUAUGCUUCACUAGGAUUAUUUGGAGACUUGUUCUUGUCCACUUUCUCAAUGGUUUCUUCAUGUGUUUCCAAGCUUCAAUUUUGAGAGAAUUUUAAUGCUUUUUUCAAUGGCAAAUAAAGGCCAUUACUGUUUGUUUCUGUUGUUGGUUACCUUUUCACUUUGUGUAUAUCAUUCAGAGCAACUUCAAUCCUCACACACUCAAACCCUGUUAAGAAUUCAACAACUAUUAAACUUCCCUUCUUCUUUAAGCAAUUGGAAUAACUCCACUGACUUUUGUAACACAGAUUCAAACUCUUCAUUCACUGUGGUAUGCUAUGAAGACACAAUAACACAACUUCACAUAAUAGGUCAAAGAAAAAAUCCAACACCUCUCCCUAAAAACUUCUCAAUAGAUUCAUUUGUCACAACACUAGCAAAACUUUCUACUUUGAAAGUUCUAACACUAGUUUCUCUUGGUAUAUGGGGUCCAUUACCGGGUAAAAUCGCCCGCCUUUCGUCGUUGGAAAUAGUUAAUAUGAGUUCGAAUCAUCUCUACGGUUCAAUCCCUAUGGAACUUUCGUCGCUUACAAAUCUUCAAACUCUAAUUCUUGAUGAAAAUAUGUUUUCUGACCAGCUUCCUAUUUGGAUUGAUUUGCUUUCAGCCUUGACUGUUUUAAGUUUAAAACACAAUUUGUUCAAUGGAUCGCUGCCGAAUUCGCUCGGUAGCUUGGAGAAUUUGAGAAUUCUUUCACUUUCUCAUAACAGGUUAUAUGGUGUAGUACCUGAUUUGAGCCACUUGAGAAAUCUUCAAGUACUUGAGUUGGAUGGUAAUGCUUUUGGACCUUUGUUUCCUAAGCUUGGUAACAAGUUGGUUACUUUAGUACUAAGAGAUAAUAAGUUCAGGUCUGGUAUUCCUGAUGAAAUGAGCUCAUAUUAUCAGCUCGAGCGAUUCGAUAUAUCAUCGAAUACAUUUGUAGGGCCAUUCCAGCCUGCACUGUUGUCACUUCCUUCUAUUGGUUACCUCAACAUUUCUCAGAACAAAUUAACUGGAAUGCUUUUUGAGAAUCUGUCUUGCAAUUCUAAGCUUGAAGUUGUUGAUUUAUCAUCGAAUCUUUUGACUGGGAGCUUGCCUAAAUGUUUAGUUUCAAAUUCGAGUGAUAGGAUUAGGACUGUUUUGUAUGGUAGAAAUUGUCUUGAGACGAUGAAUCAAAAUCAGCAGCCGCCACCUUUUUGUCAUACGGAAGCUUUGGCUGUUGGAAUAUUACCUGAUACAAAGAAGCACAAGAAACAAGUAUCAAAGGUAGUUCUUACCCUUGGUAUUGUAGGUGGUGCUCUUGGAGGAGUAGCCCUUCUUUUGCUGAUUUUGUUUAUUGUUAGAAGAGGAAAUGGUAGAAGCAAAAUGAAGAAUCCUCCAACAAGAUUAAUAUCAGAGAAUGCAGCUUCUGGAUACACCUCUAAGUUGCUUUCUGAUGCAAGAUAUAUAUCUCAAACAAAGAAGUUUGGAGCACUUGGGCUGCCAAACUAUCGUAGUUUAUCAUUAGAAGAGAUUGAGGCAGCUACAAACAACUUUGACACAGCUUCUUUAAUGGGUGAAGAUUCUUAUGGAGAGAUGUACAAAGGUCAGCUGAAGAAUGGAUCCUUUGUUGUUAUUAGAUGUAUCAAAAUGAAAAAAAGAUACAGCACUCAAAACUUCAUGCACCACAUGGAGCUUAUAUCAAAACUUAGGCAUCGCCAUUUAGUCAGCGCUCUUGGACACUGCUUUGAAUGUUCUUUAGAAGAUUCAAGUGUCAGCAAAAUAUUUCUUGUAUUUGAAUACAUACCAAAUGGCACAUUAAGGAGCUGGACAUCUGAUGGACACACUGGAAAAUCUCUGAAUUGGACCCAACGCAUAGGAGCUUCAAUUGGUGUAGCAAAGGGAAUCCAAUUUUUGCAUACAGGAAUUGUUCCUGGUGUAUAUUCAAACAAUAUCAAAAUAGAGGAUGUUUUAUUGGAUCACAGUCUUGUUGCAAAAAUCACCAGUUAUAACCUGCCUUUGUUAUCUAACAUUGGAAAGGUUCGGCAUGGAAAUUCAUCCAAACAUUCUGGUAUCAAUAAAAGUGGGAAGCAUGAAGAUAAGUGUGAUAUAUAUGACUUUGGAGUAAUACUACUGGAACUCAUUCUAGGAAGGACAAUAAAGACAACAAAUGAUGCAGAAGCUUUUAAGGAUCUGUUGCAAGCAAGCUUAGGAGCUGAUGAGGACGCUCGGAGGAGCAUUGUUGAUCAAGCAAUUCGCAAGGCUUGCUUGGAUCAAUCAUUGAAGACAAUGAUGGAGAUUUGUGUGAGGUGUCUGAUUAAAGAGCCAGCAGAAAGGCCAUCCAUAGAGGAUGUUUUGUGGAAUUUGCAGUUUGCUGCUCAAGUACAAGAUGCUUGGAGAGGAGAUUCUCAAAGUAGUGAGGGGUCACCAGGCUCUCCUCUAGACCCUCAACGAAUGUCCUUUCAUUAGUAUCAAUCUAGAGAUUUUCAUUUUUUUUUAUAAAUUUGUAUAUUUCACUGUCAGCUUAAAAGAUCAAUGGUUGCAGAAUUAAGGUUUAUAAUUUAUUAUGGCCUUAGAAUAGUAUAAGUUCUUCGUGUUGUAACACUUUUGCACAAAAACUGCUGAGCUUAUAACAAGAUAAUGAAAAAUAUGCCCCUGUUUAAUUUUGCUUUUGGGAA